AUGACGCAUCUUAAUCAGCAUCUGGUACGUUACAUAUGGCUAUGCCUCGAAAUUUCAGAGUAUCCGCCUGUUGGAUCUUGGGGUGUCGUUAACAAGGACAAUGCGCUCAUUGCAGAAGCAAUCGAGAGCUUAUUUUCAAGCCUUAGCACUUGGCAGCCGCUUGGUGAUCUUACUCUUGAUAUCAGUGUCUAUUCGCCCUCUGAUGCGCGAAAUCAGUUGUCGAGAUAUCUGACAUUUGAGCCUGAUCUGAAUCCCAAGAAUUGCCCCUACGAUCAAAACAUACACGGAGAUGCCCCAGGAAUCCCUUCCCAAAAUCAAAUUGACAUGUUCGCUCUUAUGAUACUCUUCGAUGAUCUCCUGUCGAGAAAUGGAUAUGAAACUCACGAGCUUGACAACGUCGUCUAUUGGCUCUCUGGCCAGGCAGAGACGGAUCCAGACUUUCCUGGACGACCUCACAUACUGUCAGAUGAUGAAGCAUUUGACCGAAUGUUAACCGAACUGGUCGGAUCAGUGAACUGUUGGGAGCAAAUGCCUUCCGUGCCAGCGGUGACCCGCAUGCUUCUCCGUCAGCAAACCCGAAGAAGCUGGCCCCCCGAGCAGCUUCAUAAGCUAUUUUCACGCCUCCCUGAGCUUCAGGAAAUCCAUUACGAGCCAUGGAGGAAUUGGCUUGGCCAGGGAGGAGGCGAUUUUGAUGAUGAGAUGAUUCAUUGUCCGCGACUCCGCGAACCAAGCCCAAAUCUGAGCGCGGCACUGGCUGAAACCAGCCUCGGCCUCGAGUCUCUUUCCGCAGCAUUUUCAGUUGAUGCCAGCUAUUUCUUCAAUGCUUGCCAGUCCUCCUGGAACUGGGCUAAGCUGACUCUACUCACAGUCACGUCACAGCUGCUACGACCUGACGCCGAUCAACAUCAGCUGGAAGAAAUGCUUCGGGAAGCGGCGGCAGUAGCCCUGCGGAUGCCGCAGCUUCAAACUCUAGAAAUCUGGGAAGGGCGGAAGGGACUGGCGGCACUCUUCAAGUAUCAGUCUCGGCCUGCACGUCUUACAUGGAAGGCUACAUGGGAUUUCAGCAUACCAGACUCCGUAACUCGGGCUUGGGACGAGGUGGGGAUGAUGUUCUAUGGUCUUGAUUGCGCUGUUGUCAAGCAACUUCUGGAUGGCGCAGCGAUCAAGUCUCAUGCGGAUUCAAUCGUGCAAUUGCAGCUUUCACAGACGAUAGUGCGACCUAUCUCGCUGCAACAGAUCAGGCGGGAGCAGCGCUACCUUGAUCCUUGA